AUGUACGAGACAGAGCCCCACCUCCUGGCGGGAGGGGCCGAGAGUGGCGAGGAGGAGACAGAGGACAGCAUCAUGUCCCCCAUCCCUGUAGGACCCCCGUCCCCGCACCCCAACAACCACCAUCACCACAGCCACCACGGGCGCCACCAUCACCACAACGAGGACCCCUUCACGCCCAAGGAAGGCUCGCCCUAUGAGGUGCCCGUCUACAUUCCCGAUGACAUUCCCAUCCCCAGUGACCUGGAGCUGCGUGAGUCCUCGGUCCCCGGAGCGGGCCUGGGGAUAUGGGCCAAAACCCGGAUCGGGAUGGGAGAGUGCUUCGGACCUCACAGCGCACUGCAGAGUGCCACGGUCAAAGACGGCUCCUUUGGAUGGGAGCAGAUGCUGAAUGACCACGAGGCAGCAUCCUCUCCGGAGAGCUGCAUCAAAAAGGUGGUGGAUGAGAUGGGAAACGUCAAGUUCUGCCUGGACGAAGGCUCGGAGGCUGGCGGGAGCUGGCUCAAGUACGUACGCACCGCCCCCUCCUUUGAGGAGCAGAACCUGGCGGCGUGUCACCUCAGUGGAGACCAGAUUUAUUAUAAAGCUAUUAGGGAUAUUGAAGUGGGGGAGGAGCUACUGGUGUAUAUGAAGGACGGACUUUUCCCGGAGGGAUCGAUGGCACCGAACCUAGAAGACGAGCAGAUGUACCGCUGCGAGGACUGUGACGAGCUGUUCACCUCGGCCCUGGAGCUGCGGCGGCACCAGAAGUACUCGUGCGCCAGCGCCGGCUCGCUGUUCGACACGCUCAGCAACGAGGACUUUAAGCAGGAGCGCGACGACAGCGACCACGAGCCCGUCCAUGAGUGCAAGGAUUGCGAGAAGAUCUUCCCCAACGAGUACAGUCUGGGCCAGCACAUGAUCGUGCACACAGAGGAGCGGGAAUACAAGUGUGACCAGUGUCCCAAGGCCUUCAACUGGAAGUCCAACCUCAUCCGUCACCAGAUGUCCCACGACAGCGGAAAGCGGUUCGAGUGUGAAAACUGCGAUAAGGUGUUUACGGACCCCAGCAACCUGCAGCGUCACAUCCGCUCACAGCACGUAGGAGCGCGCGCUCACACCUGCCCCGAGUGUGGCAAGACCUUCGCCACCUCCUCGGGCCUCAAGCAGCACAAGCACAUUCACAGCAGUGUCAAGCCCUUCAUCUGCGAGGUGUGCCACAAGUCCUACACGCAGUUCUCCAACCUGUGCCGCCACAAGCGCAUGCACGCCGACUGCCGCACCCAGAUCAAGUGUAAGGACUGUGGCCAGAUGUUCAGCACUACCUCCUCCCUCAACAAGCACCGGCGCUUCUGUGAGGGCAAGAACCAUUACGGCCCUGCUGGGGGACUUUUCGCUCCCGGCAUCCCCAUGAGCAGCAGCCCCAUCCUGGCCAAGUCCAAGCACCACCAUCCCCACCACCACCCGGGCCUCAACCACUCGGGCCUGGCCUUCCCCGACUACUUCCCCUCCCGGCCACACCCUCACCCCCAUGCCGGCCUUCCCUUCUCCCCUGGGCCGCAUGGUUUCCCCUCGCUCUCCCACGGCUUCCCGGGCCUUUUCCCCCCCUCGCUCUACCCCCGGCCGCCCUUACUGCCCCCCAGCCCGAUGCUGAAGAGCCCCCUGGGCAACAACAGUAACAACAGUGGGAUUCAGGAGGGCAAGCUGCCCCGCAGCCCCCUGGACGGGCCUCCACUGUCUCUGGUCAGCUCCAUUAUCAACAACAAUGGAGGCGGUAGUCUACUCAGCAGCCAGGAGAGGGAGGACAAGGAUAGGCUGGCGUACGGCGAGGCCAAGGCCAAGGCCAAGAUGUCGGAGGUGUCGGAUGGCAGUGACCUGGAGGACGUCAACACCACCAGCGGCACCGACCUGGACACCACCACCGGCACCGCCUCGGGUUCAGACUUAGACAGCGACGCAGAGAGCGAGCGGGAACAACGGGAGCGGAGCACCGGCGCCAAAAGGAGGAAGGCGGCGGGCGCUGGAGGGGCGAGGGGGGCAGAGAGGGACGGGCGGCCGGACGACGUGAGUAGUGGCUCGGUGUCGGCAGUGUCCAGCUUGAGCAACCUGGCCUGUGAGCGUCCCUCCUUCCUCUCCGGCGCCUCCCAGCACUCCUUCUUCCCGCCUCCGGAGGAGCAGGCGCUGCCACCCACCACCACAGGGGGCGCCGCUGCCACUGACUCCAUCAAGGCCAUCGCCUCUAUCGCAGAGAAGUACUUUGGCCCUGGCCUCAUGGGCCUGCAGGAGAAGAAGAUUGGCUCGCUGCCCUACCAUUCCAUGUUCCCCUUCCAGUUCUUACCCAACUUCCCUCACUCCCUCUACCCCUUCGCAGAGCGGGCCGGCACCCUCAACCCCGGCAUGUUCUUCAAGGCUGAGCCCAAGUCGCCUCGUGAGCAGCAUCCGACACCCCACAAAAUGUCCGCCCCGGGCACUGGAGAGUCAUCGCCCUUCGACCUCACCACCAAGCCCAAGGAGGCCAAGCCGGCCCCACUGGCCCCCGCCAAGCCGACCCCACCCAGCGGUAGCAGCAACACCCCCCUCAUUCUCCCCGGGGGUGAGGAGCAGCCGCUGGACCUGAGCAUCGGCAGCCGCCGACGGGACGGACACAACGGGAUGGUGGCCCCCGAGCAACCGCCCAGCCGCAAGAACCACCGCAAGGAGGAGCACCCCGGCAGCCACCCGCACUCCCACGCCCAGCACCCCCAGGGCCACUCCCUCCUCCAGCCCCCGCUACCCCAGCAACAGCAGCCCCUGGCUCAGCCGCCCCAGCAGCAGCCCUCCCUGCACUACGCCAAGCCCUCACCCUUCUUCAUGGACCCAAUAUACAGCAGGGUGGAAAAGAGGAAGUUACUGGACCCUGUGGGAGCUCUGAAGGAGAAGUACCUGAGGCCCAGCCCGCUGCUCUUUCAUCCACAGAUGUCGGCCAUGGAGAACAUGACGGAGAAGCUGGAGAGCUUUGGCGCUCUCAAACUGGACACCCCGCCCAACUCACUGCAGCACUCCGCCCACCCGCUCUUCAACUUCCGCUCGCCGCCGCCCUCCCUCUCCGACGCCAUCCUCCGCAAAGGCAAAGAGCGCUACACCUGCAGGUACUGUGGGAAGAUCUUCCCCAGGUCAGCUAAUCUUACCAGGCACUUACGAACACACACAGGAGAGCAGCCCUACAGGUGUAAAUACUGUGACCGUUCGUUCAGCAUCUCCUCCAACCUCCAGCGGCAUGUGCGUAACAUCCACAACAAGGAGAAGCCCUUCAAGUGUCACCUGUGCAACCGCUGCUUCGGCCAGCAGACCAACCUGGACCGUCACCUCAAGAAGCACGAGCAUGAGAGCAUCCCCGUGAGUCAACACUCUGGGAUCCUCUCCAACCUAGGAAACAACGUUUCCUCUCCCAACUCCGAGCCAGACAAUCAUGCACUUUUAGAUGAGAAGGAGGACUCGUACUUCUCGGAAAUCCGCAACUUCAUCUCCAACAGCGAGCUGAACCAGGCAUCCAGCUCCACAGACAAGAGGUCAGAGGUUGCGGAAGAGGAGCGUCCAUCUAGCCACAGCCUGUCCAACUCCAAGAUGGCAGCCCGGGGGCUGGAGGAAGAGGAGGAGGAGGCGGAGGGAGAUGACGAAGAGGAGGAGGAAGGCAGCCUGACAGAGAAGUCUCAGGACGAGGCGCCUGAGUCCCCCUCCCCGGUCACUAUGGUUACGCCGGAGGCGUACGAGGACGAAGAAGAGGAGGAGGCGGAAGAAGAGGAGGAGGCCACACCGCUAGCCAUGAGCUACGAACACACCCGCAGGUGUAUAGAGGAGGACGGUGGGCUGUUAGACCUGGAGUCCCUGCCCAGCUUCCCCAAGGGCCUGGAGCUGCAUAAGGCCAGCAGCAGCGAGGAGCCCCCCUUUGAUGUUAAAGACAUUUUUAACACCGGCUCGCUCGAGUCUGAGGCCCUGAAAGAGACUCUGUACAGGCAGGCUAAAACCCAGGCUUAUGCAAUGAUGCUGUCUCUGUCGGAGAACAACCCUUUGCACGCGUCCUCCCAGAACUCACUGGAUGCCUGGCUGAGCAUGGGAGGGGGCCCGUCCGAGACGAGCAGCUUUCACCCACUCAACCACAUCUAGGAGAGAGAGGAGGGAGGCAGUAUAGUAUCACGAUAAAAAUAAGAAAAGUGACAGAGAGAGAGAGAGAGAGAGAGAGAGGUAGAGAGCGCGGCAGAAAGUAGGAGGCUACUACGGAGGACAACUCAACUUCACACACCCCCGGCCUGAGAAGAGAGAGGACUCCUGGCUCCUGCCCUUCUCUGUGUGUGUGGGUGUGUGUGUGUGUGUUUUUGUGUGCGUGCGCGCAUUGAUUCGUGCAUGCCCACGUUAGUGCGUGUGUGUACGAGGGGCCCCUCAGACAAACAGACAGUCGCAGGCAGAGAUCCUCCCUGUAGAGGAGUGAAGGACAUCCCAGGAUUGACCACCCCAAACCCCAGUCAUUCUACAAGACCCGCCCACUCCGCCCCAGCGAACCCCUUUGGUUGGACUCUCAGAGACAGUUAUGUUUGAGUGUGUAAACGCGUCACUAGGAGAGCAAAACGGCCAUCUAUUCUACACAGUCUAACGCAAUGUCUCAAUAGCAACAGAUACAGUAACAGUCGGUCUGGAACAUAUGCACUGCAUGUCCAUAGGGGGGUGCUGUUUCAGUGGGUGGGAGGAGCAGCAGUAUCAACACAUAGUGGGGAUGUACUAACUAGCUCGUUAGCUGAUGGACCACCCCCUCCACCAUCAUAUCCAAUGCCUUCACUCUCUUCAUUCUUGUUUCAAAUCAAUAAUAGCACAAUGAUAAAUGUUAGAGCAGGAAACGGCACUCUGGCUUUUGUUUAUAAAGAAAGUACAGUAGGAUGAUGCAUCAAGCUCGAAUGGCAAUGAUGUCAUGGAGAAUGACCGUCCCCAACAUAUAAUGGGCAUUGCAGAGGACAAAGUCUCGACCUCAAAAGUUAUCCGGUGAACAAGAGGUUAAAUCGAUGUCCAUUGGUUAGAAUAGGGAAAGCCUAUUUUCCCCUUUUUUGCUCAUUUGUUAACGUGAUUCCAUUUUGUGUUUUUCUCUUUGAUAAAACAGUAUUGUCUCAUUUUAGGCACCUCCGUGCUCAAAUGUUAAUAUAAUUAUUUAGUGAAGGACCAAAAUUGUAUGAUAUUGUUGUAUGAUGUACAAAAUAACCUGGACGUUCAUAGCAAGAGUGGUAUGUGCCAAAUAACCCAUAGAAAAGGUUUUGUUCUCCGACAAUCAUUUCUUUUUCGAGGGGUUUUAAUUGCUGUCAUAGUUGUUGUUUUUACCUUCUGAUAUAUUUGAUUUAAAGAGUGUGUGUAUUCUAUUUAUUUAGGUUAAAAAAAAAUGUCACGAUUGGAGACAAGUGACAAAUGAAAACGAAAAAAAGUAUUUUGUUUUAUCCCUCUUUUAAGUGUUGCUGAAGGAAUGAAGUUGAAUCGAAACGCGACCGAGAUUUUGAAUCUGGGUUUCAAUGUUUUUUUUCUGUAAAGACCAGUGUGCCAAAUUGGAAAGAAAGCAUGAAAAUCAGCUGUUUUUAUUUAUAGUGACAUGGUAGUUCUAGAUUGUUUAGAUCAUGUUUUGCAAUGUUGUGUCUAGCAUGAGGUUUGGUUUGUCUCGCUUCAGUUCAAUCAUUUCAACCAGUAUGCUGAGUGUUUUGUGUUGGAAGUCUUACGGUGGCCAUUUUAUGAAAUGGAAGCCUUCACUAUGAAUGUCAGGUGAUUUGGAUGCCAGGGCAUUGUAUUGUUAGCUUAUCAUUGAUCCUAAGUAUAAGCAAAUACAUUUUACUCGAUAACAAUUCCAAUCAACUCAAUCAGUUUAUUAGUGCUCAGAUUCUGCUUUGAUGGUUUCAAAUUGUAGGAAUUAUUCUUUUUAAAUCUGACCAUGUGGUUUUAGAAAAAAAUGUCUCAGAAUGCCCAGUCAUAGAUAAAAUCGACAUUGUUUUUCAGAUAGUGUCCAA